AUGACACCGACCAUCGACACAGCGGCUGGAGCCCCGACCGCUACACGCGGUGUUGAGUCGAGGCGUGCGUUACUCGUAGUUGCGUUCAUCGGCUUCGGUCUUCUCCUGCAGAGCGCAAAUUAUUCUCACCUCACUUCAUUCUUCAAUGUCUACGCGCUCGAGGAGAAGAAGCUAUCCUCGACACAAUAUGGGAUUAUCAUGGGUUCGUAUAACUUCGUCAUGGUGUUCGUGUCGCCUCUCGCAGCCAAACUCGUCAGUCUACGCUUAGUCAAUGACAAGUCACUUCUGCUCGCUGCCUGGACUAUCGAUGCGUUAUUCUGUCUUAUGAUGUCUGCCGUAUACAAACUGAGGCCGGGCCGCCCGUUCUUCUGCGGAUCCCUCAUCAUUCGGAUUCUCGAAGCAUCCGCUUGCUCGAUAGGCUUCGUGAUGCCGUACGUGUUCAGCGGGUCUGAACUCAACGGGAUGAGUCACAUAAUGGUUCCCGUAUUGGAUACGGUCUACGGCUGGGCGGUCGUUGCGGGUCCUGUGAUGAGUGGUUUGCUUUUCGACAUCGGAGGCUUUCCGCUACCUUUCUGGGUCCUGGGAACAGCCCUGCUCGUUUGGACGUUCCUCGCAGUGUGUUUCCUGCCUGAGCCACGCAAACGAAGGACUGAAGCACCUCGGAGUAGGAGCCUAUGGUUCGUGCUCAACUUCACUGUGAUCGUGGACGUACUCUGUACGAUGAGUGUUCACCUACUGAUCACCUUCAACGAAUCGACGCUCGCCCAGCACCUGAAUGUCAAGUUCGGUUAUGAUGCAACCCAGUCGGGCUUGCUCUUUUUCGCCGUGGGAGGAGCGCACGCCGUGACGAGUUUGAUCUCCGGGUUUCUCUCGAAAAAAAUGCCCGAUCCCAGGUACUUUGUUUUUGGCGGGCAAAUGGUUAUGCUAGCCGCUCUGGUGCUGCAGGGACCUCUGAUUUCGAUCAAGCAAACGGAAAUGACCCUCGUCCUGGCUCAAAUACUCUUAGGAGUGGGGGCGGGACCCGCAUUCGGUUGCUGUUACUUGCAUGCCUUGAGGUUCCUCUCGGACUGGGGGGAGAAGAAAGAUACGCAUGCAGCCUUGGCCGCGAUCUUCGUUCCCGCUUUUGCGAUCAGUGGAGUAAUCGGACCCAUAGCCAGCAACAUCGCUCUCGAUUAUUCCUCAUACGAGACUACAGUCGCUAUCGGUGCGCUACAGGCGGCGGCAGCUACGAUUCUGUUGCUGGGAACGAUUUGUCUCGGUCCUAGGAGUUUCCAAAAGAGUGCAGAUGUCUAA